AGCGAAAAACCGACCAUCACAAAGCCGUUGUCGCGGGGCAUCGAGUGGAGGCAGAAUCGCAACGACAACAAUCAUCUCUACAUCAUCAAUACCAUAAUUAGGCAGGUAGCAGCAGCGAAACAGAGAAGCGAGUGGAGUUGCCAUAAGAACGCGUCACGAUCAUCAUCGUCGUCCUCAUCGUCAUCAUAGUACCAUAGUGUUCAAAACUAUGAUGGCCGGCGUAAGCCAGACGGUGGUAGGCGAGGAAGAGGGGUCGAAGCGGCAGAAGAAGAGUAACGAAAAUGACACUGUGAAUAAGAAUUGUGAUUUAUCUGAUUACCUGAUAGCUGUAAACAAAACUAACCGUAGCGUAGAAGCGGGGGCGAAGGAAGUGAGGAAGGAAGCAGUCAUGGCGCAGAUGGUGCAGCGAGAGACGGUGGAGGAUGAAUAUGUCGUAGAGGAUGACCAAAUUGUAGGCAGUAAGAAUUCCAAAUGCAAGCAACAGACCGUGGAGGGGGAGAAGCAUGAUAACAGUGAUACUACUACUACUACUACUAUUACCACUACGACUCACGGCGGCCGACAGGUGGCGGCGGCUACUGCACACAGUUUGAUGAUGUUGCCGACGAAAGAAAUGCAGUCAUUAAGCGAGUCCUCCGAGUACAUAAAAAUCGACGAGCUGAUCCGUAUCACGAAGCGAUGGAAGGAAGGAGGGGGUGUUCCAGCCGGUGUACGAAUGCGACUACGUGGUGGUGGUGAAGAAACGAUCAACAAUGGUACCAGUGCGUGGGGAACACCAGCAACCAACCCGUCCGGGGGUUCCUGGGGUGCGAUCGGGGGUGCCAGUGGCACUGGAGCUGGCCAGAAUGCAGGGGGACCACAGCAGCAGCAGCAGCAACAGGUGGGAGGACCUGCGAGUGCAUGGGGUGGAGCAGCCGGUGGAGUUCAACAACAGCAGCAGCAGCAGAAUGGUGGAGCAGGAGGUGUUCAACAGCCAGUGAAGCCGACGUCCUCUUCCGCCACAUCAUCUUCCGUGAAUCCGGGCGUUGGAGUCCCCGGUGGAAUGGGGCCGGAGGGAGGAGGCGCUUGGAAUGGAUCUGGCAUCGGUGCACAGAAUGUCCCGCAAGGAGGAGGGGGUGUAGCGGUACCAUCUGGCCAAGCUGGAGGAGGAGGAGCAACCAAUAGUGCCAACGUUGCGGGCGCGCAACAACCGGAGCAACCAACCGGAGCAGUGGUUGGUGGAGCGGUUGCUGCCGCUGCACAGGAAGGAGGAGCAGUAGGCGCCGCGGGGGCUGCUGCAGCAGCCGUAGUACAAUCGAGUGCGGCUAAAAAUCAGCUGGAGCAGUUGAACUCGAUGCGCGAGGCGUUGUUCGCCCAGGACGGGUGGGGCUCGGAGAACGUCGACCAGGACACGCAGUGGGACGUGCCGGCGUCGCCGGAGCCGAGCGGUAAGACGGACCCAAACAGUGCCACCAGCGGCCCGACGGCCGGCAUUCCCAUGUGGAAGACGAACACGGGCACGGAGCUGUGGGAGGCGAACCUGCGCAACGGUGGUCAACUGCCGCAGCAGCAACCGCCGGUGCAGAAGACCCCGUGGGGUCCGGCAAACAACUAUGGCGGGACGUGGGGCGAGGACGAUGAAGCGAACGAACCGGGCAACGUGUGGAACGGCGCAUCGUCCGCCAUGGGAGGCGCUGGUCCAGGAGGGCCGGGAGGUCUUCGCGACCAACCGCCGGGCGUGGGCCUGGGUGGACCCGGUCCUGGGCAGCAGGCGGCCCCUGGUCAGCAGCAACCCGGGCAACAACCGGGUCCGUGGAACGCCGGUGGUGGUGGUGGUACGGGCCCAGGUACCGGUGGCAUGUGGGGCACAGGCGGCCCGGGUGCAAUGGGACCCAACGUGGCCGGCCAAGGGCUGAAGAAGGAUAACGAGUGGGGCGGUGGAGCCGGUGGAGUCGGUGCCGGUGCCGGUGGUGGCAAUGCUUGGGGUGGUGCGGGCGCCGAUGUCCGUAAUCCGGCAGUGGCCGCCGCUGGUGGGCUCGAUCCCACUGGUAUCGAUAUGCGCAACAUGCGCAUCGCCAGCGCGAUGGAUAGCAACCGCGAAAUUCGAGGUGAUCCGCGUGGCAUCUCUGGACGGCUGAAUGGAAACGUCGGCCUCUGGGAUCAGCAUCAGAUGGCGAGCAUGCAGCAGAAGAUGCCACCGACCGGGGCGACUACUCCCGGCACACCCACCGGAGCGGGUGCCGGUGUCGGCGGAGGCAACGGUGGCGCCGGCCAGUGGCCCUCGAACCCGCUCGCUGGUUCCGUGGUCAACAACGGUGCAGUGGGCGUGGGCGGUGGUAAACUGGGCGGUUCCGGCUGGGAUGAUCCGACGGCUGGUGGCGGCCCGCCGCCGGUGGUGCGACGCAAAAACAUGGACGACGGAACGGCCCUCUGGGGGGCGAAUGCGCUCCAGCGGCAAACCUCGGCGAACGUGUCAGGCUGGAAGGACAACGGACCGGGUGGGGUGGACGGCGGCGGUGCUGGAAUGGGCCGCAAUCCGCUGCACCGGAACAACUCGAUGGGCGGACCCGUCGGCAAUCUGCCGGGCAAUCAGGGUGGUUUGGUCGGGCGUAUGGGCGGUGGAACCGGUGGAGCCGGUGGCCCGAUGAAACCGGAAAGUCUGUGGGGUCAGAACCCCGCGGCAGCAGCGGCCGCCGCACUGGGUGUGGGCCGUGGCGGUGGCGGUGGCAAUUGGGGUGCCGACGAUGUAUCUUCCGGCGGAGGAGGCCAGUGGGGCGACGACAGGCCAGGUGUUGGCGGCGGCAUGGGUGGUAACUCGCUCUGGAACGAUGCGACCGGCGGCAACGGAAACAGCUGGGCCGGAAAACCCAAGAUGCCGUCGGUCUCGUCGACGGGCUGGAACGAUGGUGGAGUAGGUGGAGGCGCGCCCGACAUGGGCAACAGCUCGGACUGGGGCAUGCCGCCACAGAACAAACUCCCACCGAAUGGCGGUGGCGGCAACAAGAUGAACCCGGUCGAGUACAUCCGCGCCAGCAAGCAGUACCACCAUCUGUGCGAGCUAGGCUUCAAAAAGGAGGACGUCGAGACGGUGCUCCGCGUGACGAACAUGAACAUGGACGAGUCGCUCGAGACACUGUACCGCAACAGUGGCAACGAAUGGCCGCUACGCCGGCCGGUUGACAAUCACGGUGGUUUCGGUGCCGGCCAGGAUCAGUUCGUUGGUGCCGGUGGCGGUGGAGGAGGCGGUGGCGGAGGAGUUAGUGGACGAUUCGCGGCAGCCGCAGCGGGCGUUGGUCCGAUGGCAUUCCAGCAGAACAAUCAAAACAGUCUCGGAGGGGCCGGCGGAGUGUUUGGACCCGGUAACGGCGGUCCAGCUGGCGGCGGCGGAGGUUCCUUUAACAGCAUGAAGUUCGGUGGCGGCCACGGUGCGGGCGGAAACGGUGGACCGGCCGGUGGGCCACCGGGAGGCGCCUUUGGCGCUGGGCAGCAACAGGGUGGUGGAGGUGCCGGUGCAGGCGGGCUCGUUGGCCUAAACCAACCGAACGCGCAGUCGCCACAAAUCACCAGCCAUCAGCUGCGCGUGCUGGUGCAGCAGAUUCAGCUGGCCGUGCAGAACGGCUACCUGGAGCAUCAGAUCCUCAACCAACCGCUUGCGCCCCAGACGCUCAUGUUGUUGAACCAACUGCUAACCCAUAUUAAGCAAUUGAAUGUGAUGCAGAACAACUUGGCGCGCACCGGUGGCGGUGUAAACGGGGCCCAGUAUAUGUCGAUCGCCGUCAACAAGCUCAAAUCGCAGAUUGCCAAUCUGCAGAAUCAGAUCAGCAUGCAGCAGGCCAACUACCUGAAACAGCAACAACAACAGCAGCAACAGCAGCAACAACAACAGCAACAGCAGCAGCAACAGCAUCAGCACCAGCAGCAGCUGGCGCAUCCGGGCAGCUUGAACGCAGCAAACCUUGGUGGAGCCGGUGGUGGACACCCGGGCAACGAUCUCUUCCGCACGCCAUCCGAUCUCGCCGGGCUACCGGGCAGCUUCGCCGAUAUGGCGUUGAAGGACGGCGGCAAUCCCUUCCCAUCGACCGGGAGCACUAGUCAGCAGUCGCGGCUGCAACAGUGGAAGCUACCGGCAACGAGCGUUACCACCCCGAGCGGAGUUGACAAGGACGGUUCGGACUUGGCCGAUUUUGUGCGGGCACCCGGGGCUAGCUCGAAGUCGGGUCAGUCUGGGUCGGGCAUUGAUGAUGGCACAUGGUCCAAUGGGCGCAGCAAUUUGGGUGACGGUUGGCCAGAUUCGAGUACGCAAGAUAGCAAGGACUGGCCGGGUAGUAAUGAUGCUUUUAGUGACUUGGUGCCAGAGUUUGAACCAGGCAAACCAUGGAAGGGCACUCAGGCGACUCGCAUUGAGGACGACCCAACGAUCACCCCCGGAAGUGUGGCGCGCAACCCGCUGUCAAUCGCUGCCGCAAAAGAGUCCAACCUGUUCGGUGGCGGUUCGAGCAGCAGUGCCUCAAAUGUCAACAGUAAAUCGUCCCCCACCGAGUCGACUUGGAGCUUCAAUCCGUCCGGUGGGUCCGGUGGAGGUGGCGUGCAGGCUGGCAACUACGGUGCAAAGGUGCAGAAGAAUCCGUGGCAGGACUCCGGUACACCGACGAUGCCCCCGGCUGACCUGUGGGACACUUCGCUUGGUGGUAGUGCGGGUGGCGGCAGCAAGGGUCGCGGCAGCAUGAUGGGAGGGCUUGGAAAGCCGCCCGGCAGCAAACUGGACGCCAACGGAUGGAACACCCCCAGCACCCAAGGUGGCAGCUCGUGGAACAGUGGUGCUGCAUCAGCCGGCAGCUGGUCGUCGACGUGGAUUAUGCUCAAAAAUCUGACCGCACAAAUCGAUGGCUCAACACUGCGCACACUGUGCAUGCAGCAUGGUCCACUGGUAAACUUCCAGCUGUACCUGAACCACGGCAUCGCCCUAUGUAAAUACUCUAGCCGAGAGGAAGCACAGAAGGCACAGCUGGCGCUGAACAACUGUCCGCUCGGCAACACGACGAUUUGCGCGGAAAUUCCUACCGAGAGUGACGUGCAGUUCAUCCUGCCGCACCUUGGCAGCGCCACCAAUGGUAUGUCGAACGGACUGACCGGUGGUGGCAACGGUGGUGGAGGUGGAGGUGGACAAAACUGGCGCCUUAACGCCGCUGCCCAAUCGCAAGGGACGGUUGGUCGUUCGAAUUCAGUCGUUUCCGAUGCCUGGAGCUCGAAUGCCUGGAGCUCGAGCAAUGCCGGUCCCAGCAUGUGGACGCCGCUCGACGGCGACCGGGGCACACCAGCGAACCUCAACUCACUGCUACCGGAGAGCCUGCUCGGCACAGAGCUGAACUGAUGAAUGCGACGACACUGAUCGGAACUGGCCGUCGAUCCACCCUGCUAGGAGGCUGCAGCAGGGUGGAUGCACCAGUUUCGUAGGGAGAACCACUGUCACUGCUGACAGUAAACACACCACCACCACCACCACCUCUCAACACAGUUUUAAAAAUGCAUCCAUGCACGGAGGUGAUACGUACGGAAUCAAAGGAGCCCAGCUCCUUCGCAGCCACACGCACACAUGCGUCCUGCGUGAUGAAUGCAAAUGACACAUCCCAAAACAAAGAGAAGCAACUGCGGAAACAUUAAUACAAAGUAAUACAAUUCUCUUAGGGUAGCUUAUAAGGUUUAAAGUAGGUUUGUAGGAGGUAAAACAGCAUAGCAACAUGAAGUCACAUCCGCAAACCGACGAUCUUUCUGUGGCGCACACAUGUAGACACCUACUGAUGAUAGCUGAUUUUGACCCGGCCUCGGGGGGCCGACGAUGCAGGAUAAGCAGGCGAGAAACGGAAAAAAUGAAUUGGCAACCGUGUGCGUCGUAUGUGUGUGCAUCGAGAAUUUUGUGAACAAAAGCAAAAAAAAAGAAAUCUAAAAAGUGUCUUUUGAAAGUCAGCGGUUUCGCGUCUGGCGUAGUAUUAAGGUGUUGUGAAUGUUUUUAUCAUUUUUUUAAACAGUAAAAAUGUAAUCUUAUACAAUUUAAAUAAUAUAUUAUAUAUUAUAUAUAUUUGAGAUGAGAACGGUGUGAGUAAAAUAACUUGAUGAAUGCGAAACAUAAAAUACGUUUAGCAAAAAAAAAACGAAAAAUGAAACAAGAAAACAUGUCGAAAAUGUCUACUCUUAAAGAAAACUACAACAAAAAAAUGAUGAACGAAUGGCGUAACAUAAACAAUGCAAUCCACGUAGGAAAAAAGUUACUCGUGCCCACAUGAUACAUUUCAAGUCAAAGAGAAAGAUCUAGUUCUAGCAAAAAGCAUUGAAACCAAGGGAGGAAAAUCAUGUUACGUUUAUAAACGAUUUUGUUUGUUUGUUUGGAAAAUACAAAUCUUCCCCACCACCCAUCCCAUGCGUGUGUGUGUGUGUGAGUGACAUUCUCCUUCCACGCGCCGUCAUGAGAAAAUCUCUACGAAGACUUGUAAAAUAGAAGCAUUAAGCAAAGUGUCAGCCGAGCCGCCGCCCCCUCGGCGGUGAAAGUAGCGCGGGAGAAUAUAUGUGACCAAAAAACAAAAAAAAAACAGAUUCUUCUCCCAGCUCAUGAGGUGAAUAAAAAUGGAAAAUAGUGAAUAAGAAUAAAAAAAAACAACAAACGAAAGUGUGCUACAAAUGAAAUCGAAAGCUAAUAAUGUUAUACGCUGGAAGUUAUGGAGUACCCGA